AUGGAGUUGGGCAACAGCACUGCCCAGAACCUGGGCUCCCUGCCCACAGCCUGCACCUACCGUGAGAACUUCAAGCAGCUCCUGCUGCCGCCUGUGUACUCCGUGGUCCUGGCAGCCGGCUUGCCUCUCAACGCCUGUGUUAUCACCCAAAUCUGCAUGUCACAUCGGGCCUUGACCCGCACAGCCGUGUACACUCUGAACCUGGCCCUGGCCGACCUGUUCUAUGCCUGCUCCCUGCCCCUGCUCAUCUAUAACUAUGCCCAAGGUGAUCACUGGCCCUUCGGGGACUUCGCUUGCCGGCUGGUUCGAUUCCUCUUCUACACCAACCUGCACGGCAGCAUCCUCUUCCUCACCUGCAUCAGCUUCCAGCGCUACCUGGGAAUCUGUCACCCUCUGGCCACCUGGUACAAGCACGGGGGGCGGCGGGCUGCCUGGUUGGUGUGCGGAGUUGUGUGGCUGGUCGUGAUCACACAGUGCGUGCCCACAGCUGUCUUUGCCACCACAGGCAUCCAGCGUAACCGUACUGUCUGCUACGACCUGAGCCCUCCCAAACUGGCCGCCCGGUAUAUGCCCUAUGGCAUGGCCCUCACAGUUGUCGGCUUCCUGCUGCCUUUUACUGCCCUGCUGAUCUGCUACUGCUGCCUGGCCCACCGCCUGUGCACCCAGAAUGUCCUAACAGGGCCGGUGGCCCAGGAACGGAGGAGCAAGGCAGCCCGCAUGGCUGUGGUAGUGACAGCUAUUUUUGCCAUCAGUUUCUUGCCUUUUCACAUCACCAAAACAGCCUACCUGGCAGUGCGCUCGACACCUGGAAUCUCCUGUCCUGUGUUAGAGACCUUUGCAGCUGCCUACAAGGGCACAAGGCCUUUUGCCAGUGUCAACAGUGUUCUAGACCCCAUCCUCUUCUACUUCACCCAGAAGAAGUUCCACCGGCAGCCACGGGGUCUGUUGCAAAACCUCAAAGCCAAGUGGUGGCGUCAAGGUCGCUGA